AUGGAGCUGGUCCAGCUGGCGGCGCAGAUGGUCGGCAGCCUGAAGCCUGAGAAGAUGAGGACCAAGGGGCUGCGUCAGCAAGGCCUGGCCGGCGGCAAGGGCGUGCACUGGAUCCCUGCGCGCGCCAUCAUGUGCGUGUGCGCCGACGCGCCGCUGCGGCAGGAGCUCGAGACCGCGGUGUCGCGGGACAGGCUGCUGGGGCCGUCGGCGGCGCCGGGGCUGGUGUCGCAGGUGUGGGUUGAGGUGUGGCGCCAGGCGGCCCCCCACGAGGUCAGCAAGGUGGUGGUCCUGCUCGAGGCCAAGGCGCUGCUGCAG